AUCGAUUCUUCACCUUCAACUUCAAGCUCAAUAGUACCGUUCCUACGAUAGUCCCGUUUUUGAAUAGAUGUUUAUUUUUCCUAUGAGACUAGUAGUUGCAGGAGCACUAGGCUGCUUAGAAAUCAGUGUCACUGGUUUACUUACUGUAGUGGAUGUAAAAUAAACUGCUAGAAAUAGAUUGAUGUCAGACUAUUUUUCCUAUUUUUGGUCUCGCCUAGUAUCAGGCAUUUCCGUUGUAACGGAAAACUUCAGUUUAUGCAUGACAAGAGUGAUUUAGUUUCUAGCCAUCUAAUUGCUCUGCUCAGUUAAAUUUUUUGACUGUACCGCUACUAUUACUUUCUUAGCUCAGCCUCAAUUUCGUUGGUAGCCUGUCCUUCAUGAAUGGAUGUGUCCUCCAUCAAGAACGAGCAAGCGACUGCAGCAUUCAAAGCCGAGGCAGUAAGAGACGCCCUCCUAGAGAUCUACACGACUUACGAAGCAUGAAAAUAGAAACACUACGUUUAUUCCUUGAGCUGCGAAAUUGAUAUGCCGAUGGAGCUUACCUUACUGCUUGGCCUCGUGGUCUUCGUCUUGGGCACAUCAAUAAAUCAAAGAGAGGCCAUAGUCCAAUCACUCAAGGAGCAGUUGCCCAAUUGAUUCAUCAAAUUCUCUUAAUAUUUAUUUGAAAAUCGUCGUAGUUCUUCUAACAUCCUUCCCCGGCAGCCGAGCAGGCGGCACCAGAAGAUAGCGAUAGCUUCCUC